AUGAGCCCGUUGGCUGAACCUGCCAGAUUCCGGCAGGUGAUUGGUCCGAAGAACUCUCAUUGGAUUGCGCAGGUUGGAAGCUCAAGGGGCCGAUCACUGGAAGUGUCAGUUCCAUCAGACGAUCAGAUGUCCAUCUUGACCAAGUUGUGGAUUUGUGAAAUGAUCUUUAGAAGUCGAGGUGCGCAGCUUCGUCUCAUCUGUGCUGGAAGAUGCCAGGGGGCCCAUGUCAGGGCUGCGGAAGCAGUCGAUUGCUUCGUGGAUGAUGCUGAGGAGGCAGUGGCCAUUGACUUUUUUGCCGAUGAUUUUCAGGAUGAGGACGUACUCCAGGUUGAAGUUCUUCCAAGCCGUGAUGAAGUGUCGACCAUGCCGGCACAGCGCGAACAAAACAUGUUGCAGUACCUGUGCAGGUUGCUGGAUGGCGCUCUAAGCGGAGAAGCCCGUGUCUUUGAGAAGCCUCCGGCGGCCGAUGCCUUGCUACUGGCGGGUAAGAGGUUCGCCAGGAGCAGGGUGGCUACAGAGGUCUGCCCUCGAAACGAAGUGGAGAAGCAGGUGCUCCUGCCAUUGGAUUGUUUGCCUUUGUCGCCUCCUGUGGCCUUGCGGGGCCCAAGCGUCGCCAUGCUGUUGGGCGGCCCCAAGGCUUUCACUCCAUACGUGUUCUCGGUGCCGCGCCCGCCAUCUAUGCCCAGGGUGAAGCAGCCACGGCGAAAUGUGAGGCCAUUCAUCACGAGCAAGGCGCCCCUGACUCUCACCAACGAGGAGGCCGAAUCUUUCCCCAGGUUCUCCAAAGCAUCCGCCAUGGCAUUGGAUCUGGGUCCCCUGGGCUUGGGGCUGGAUGAGGGGCUGCAGAUGGACCUGGCCCAAAAGGAGAAGUUGGAGAUUGAGACCAAAGUGCUCAAAGUUCUGAAGGUGAGUCCAGAAGAAGUGCGACAGAAUUUGGUAAAAGCCAAGAAGUCUGAUAUUGAGGUGCAUCGUCAAGCACUGGAACAGACGCAAGAUGAGGUUGAGGACCACUUGGUGUUCAUCACCAGCCUGCAGCUUCUGAACAAGGCAAUGCGCAACCGAGAUCUCAAGAAGAUGAGGGCACAGGAAAGUGUGAUGCAGAUGUUUGCCACGAAGUGCUUAAGCACCAUUUACGCCUGGAUGGUGAGCUCGUUUUUCUACGAGAUGAUCAGGCGCUUCCUGGGCGCCGUGGAUGCCGCCUUCGACGAGGAGGAUGCCGCCAAGGACCGGGCCUUCGCCGGAUACGGCAUCUAUGGCUUGCUGGCCUGGAGUAUCGUCCCCAUCUUGCAGUAUAAGAUUCGCCCCUCGCUGGUUGGCACAGGUUGGCCAUAG